AUGUCAACAAAAACUUUUUUCACAUUUAUUAUUCGUUUUUUCCAAUUUGCCAUUGGUGCUGUGGUUAUGUCGUUAACUGCCGAUAUUACUGCUCAAUUAGGUAAUAUCAAAAAGGUAACUUUAGUUAUGGUUAUUGGUAUUGCUACUGUUAUUUUCACUGGUCUUACUUUAAGUGGAUUAUUAAGAAAAGUUCCAGUAUUCUACGUUUUACUUUUUGAGAUUAUUCUUAAUUAUUUCUGGGUUAUUGCAUUUUCUUUAGUUGCUGAUACUUUUGGUGAUAUUGAUUAUAGUGUUGGAAAAUGGCCAAAAGAAGCUAUUUCUCUUGUUGCAUUCACUUUAGUAAAUUGGCUUUUAUUCAUCGUUACCAACAUUAUUUUCGUUUCUGAAGUAAUAGUUCCAUUAGCUAGAGUCUAUCCAUUUAGACAUACCUACACCAAUACUACUCAUUUACAAUGGGGUGCUCUUUAUCCUGUUGAUGCCAUUAUUCCUGAUGAAGAAGCUAGAUCAGAAGUUGAACCAAAGGAUGUCACUAGUACCGCUCCAACCGCAGAAUAA